AUGAGGAUCAUAGGUAUUGCUGCCCUUCUCGCCAUCAACAUAGGGUGGGUGCAUGGACAUCCCCCGUCAAUUCGCGCUCUUGGAGGCAACGUCGUGAUUCGGAAGUUUGCCACGGGAAGCAACACCUUUGUUGACACCACUGUCGCUAUCGAGGUGGACGGAGAUCAGACACUCGAGUCUCUUAAUCGUUCGUUUUCGAUCAUUCCCACGUUGGUACCCCAUGCACGUGCUGACCUCUUUGAACGAGAAGCGCUGAGCCAUCCACGAGCUAUACAGAUGAUCUCGACGACAUCCGACGCAAGCUAUGUCACCUGCGGGUAUACGUGCGGACAUCGAGGCGCCGUAGACGGCAAGACGGUGAUCUGCGGUUCGACCACCAUGAAGUUUGGCGCGGCAUCUAAUGUCCUCGACGCUUCUUGGGUGGAUGCGGUCGACAAAGCCACCUGUUUCGUCAGUGCCACCGAUCCAACAGUGUAG